AUCCUAUAACGCCCGAAGGGCGUUUUAGUGGAUUUGAUCACGUACCAACUUCAUGUCAUAUCCCAAUUACAUUCAAAAAUGAUAUUUUAUUUCUUAUAUUUAUAUUUUCUAUUUUGAUUUGUGUUCCUACCGAGCUUCCAUGAUUAUAUAGCAGAUGACCAAAAUAACGAUCGUAGAACACAAAAUAUAGUUCGUAAGAGUUUUAUCGAAUAAGAAAUUAGAAACAAUAUCAAAUAGAAUCUAAGAUAUAGAUUUUUAAUUGAAAAUGUUAAAAAAAAAGAUGAAACGUGUAAAAAUAAAGAUAAUUUAGAGCGUAAAGUUAACUGAAAUGACAAGAACAGCGGAGUAAACUACACCAGUGGUGUGAUUUGGUCGCGAUCAACGAAGGAGAAACUGGCGUCGGUGUAGCUUAGUAAGUUGAAAACGCAAUUGUUGAUCACAUAUUUCGACAGAAACUCAAAUGAUCUGAGAGAAUUGAUGGUGGAUAUGAUGGGUCAAGUUAACGUUAAGCUCUUAGUCAGGUUUUUGGCAAGAAACAACGUUCAUCGUUAGGACUCGCGGUUGUAGCCAUGCAGGAGACGAUUCAAGACAGUAGGAUAGAUUUAGACCAAGUGCAGGAUUUUAAUGAAGACUCGCACCGGUACCCUGACAUGAACAUGUAAAUUUUUCGAAUCUCGAAACCAGCCUCGCUUAUAAUCAUGCCGAGUCAUAGCCGUGAUGGAAGUUGCCAGGAAACAACAGGUUAACUUAUCAUGAAGUAAAUACAUGUAGGCGUCUAACUCUGCCUACAUGUUUUCGCUUCCAAUAUCAUAGAACUUGAUUUUAUAAAUUCGCCAUGCAGAAGUUGCAGACGGUAUUUAAAACUGUAUAAAAUGAAACAACAGAACGAUAUAUGUUUAAUGUUUCUCUUUUAUAAAUUGAUGAAAUUCUUGUUUUUUACAAAAUAAACUGUAUAAAUAUCCUGCUGUGUUUAUUUCUGUUAUGAUGUCAUUGCAGUGGCGGAUCCAGGGUUUACGAAAGGGUGUGUGUGGAAGUCAAGUAUUAGCCAAAAUGCUUAGCCAUUUUGGGUGCCAAUCUGGAAUUUUACUAAUCUGGAAAUUUAUUCACACUAUUUCUAUUAUUUUAAUUUGUGGCGAGAGGGGGGUGGUCUAAAUCCCCCACUGCAUUGCAUAAGCAAGAAGCCAGGUGUAAAUACAGGAACUGUUUUUUGAAGCGGUGAUUGUAUUCAUACGCAAGAACAAACUGAUCACAUGACCAAAUUCAUGUCACACGAAAUUGAACAUCAAUUUCAUUAGUACUGUCAUAUAAGGAAGUGCAUUGGCAAAUGUAAAUAUUUAGAUAUGAAUGUCCAUAUUGUGAAUGUGCUUUGGUUACUGUCUUAUUCAUACCCGUGUGUCUCUGCUCUGGUAUGCAAAGGAUUGAAAGGACUUAUAUGUUGUAGUGGUUUUACUGGACAUGUUUGGAACGAGACAGUUCACAACUGUACAAGAUGUAUGUCCGGUUUUCAUGGAGAAAACUGUGCUUCGUCUUGCCCUUUUCCGUAUUAUGGCAUUCGUUGUGGCUCAAAGUGCAACUGUAGUGAAGACGAGUGUCACCAUCAAUAUGGCUGCAAAAGAAGUUUUGGAGACUGUGAUCCAGGAAUUUAUGGUAGAUAUUGUGAAUUAACAUGUCGAUAUCCAGGAUUUGGAAAGGAUUGUCAAAUGCAAUGUGAAUGUGAAGAACAGAAAUGUAACCCGAUUACGGGAUGUAUAUUAGAUUCGUCAUCACCUGCUGCCGGUCCGUUAGCGAGCACAACUACAGCUUACAUGUAUCCAUUGAAUACAGUGAAUGAAAAUUUUAAUUCAUCAUCACCUGUUGCAGGUCCGUUAGCGAAAACAACUACAGCUUAUCCACUGAAUGCAGUGAAUGAAAAUUUUAGUAAGGCAUCAUACUAAAUUACAGAUCAUUAAAAGAAACCGUAAACAGUGUGUCCCUUUUACUUAGAAAAAUUGAUUUAUUAAGGUAUAAUUUCCCUCUAUGUAAGCAAGUUAGUUUACAAUCAUUAAUUAGUAUAAUGCGAUUUAAAGCGAUUAUGUAACAUUUUAUACUUGGUCAAUGAUAAAUGUGAGUAGUUUUCUCCGUUUAGAUACACUAGCUGCAGAGAUUAACUCUUGUAGUAGAAUAGAAAAUAGAAAAUCCCCCCCCCCCAUCUGUAAAGAGAAACACAGCAACUUUGCAUUAUGCCAUCAUUGGACUCGGAUUUGUCUGUUGUGUAUUUCUGAUCUUCUACAUAGGACUGCGUAUUGUUUUGUACAGUUAAAAACCAAAAGUAUGGAACAGACAAGGACAUGAAAUGCAAAUGGAUGUUUAAACUGGAAGGGAAAAAUUCUUUAGGAAGUUAUGGACGGAAAUUCAAAUACGGGAAUUAUUUUAAGUACAUAAAUAUAUUCACGAUAUACAUGUAUGAUGCAUUUGUGCCAUGUUUUGGAAAACGAAAAUCAUUAUAUCGAACGCUACAUGGACUUUGUAAACACAUGCUUUCUGAAUUAGAAUUAAUAUUACUGUUUCAGAUAUCGGUACUUAUUUGUUAAGUGUACGUACCAUGACGUAACUAAAGUGAGAUAUACAAUUAAGCCCAGUCAACAAGUCAGACAAUAUGAUCUUAAACUUAGAUACAAACAACGUAAGUAAACUAAAAUCAUUUAUUAGAAAACGAACUACAACACCAUCAAGUACAAUCGAUGUUGGACUUAUUUAAAAUUAAUCUUUAUUAUAUUCUGAUGUUAAUUGAUUGAUUUUUUUUUUUUUACAACGCUUCGACAAUUUUUCAUAUUGAGACGUUACCAGUUGUAGGUGAAAUAACACAAAUCUAGACCUAUGCUUAGCGCUCAGGACCGCAGCAGUGAGCGUUCUUUAUCGUGCCAACCCCUACCACUACACGAUAUCUCCAUUUGUUAAGGUCAUAUUCGAAAGACGAGGCCAAGGCACAGAAAAACCCGUGAUUCUCACUUCUAAAUGUCGAAUCCCGUGGGGAUCGGGGUUAGAAUUGGUACUCAAUACCCAUUUGCUUGUCGUAAAAGGCGACUAAAUGGGGCGGUCGUUCGAAUGAGACCGCAAAAACCGAGACCCCGUGUCAUAGCAGGUGUGGCACAAUAAAGAUCCCUCCCUGCUCAAUGGCCAUAAGCGCCGAGCAUAGGCCUAAAUUUUGCAGCCCUUCACCGGCAGUGGUGACGUCUCCAUAUGAGUGAAAUAUUCUUGGGAGGGACGUUAAACAAUAUUCAAUCAAUCAAUCACUCUAAAUGUCGAACGUUCGGAGAAGGAAUAAUCAUUGUCGAUGUUUACGUGUUAGUUUUGACGCGGCCAUGGCACGAGCGGGAUUCCAACUCAGAACCACACUGAAGUACUGGGAGCGGUCUUAUCAUGUUAAUAAAAUAUUUUUUCUAAGAUGACCUUGGAUAAGACCCAUUCACUUACAUUGAAAAUUGACAUGCGCGUCCUCAACGGAAAGCCAAACAAGUGGAAUGUAAUUCAAUAAUGGUACAGGUUGACGCCAGAUUCUGCUUAGCUGCAUUGUGUAUUUUGUUAUGGGUCAGAAAAAACCCUUAAUAUAGUGCAAUAGAAUUUACUAACAAAAGGCAAUUAAACAAUUUAUAAUAUUUAUUACAAUUGAUAAUUGAUAAGAAAUUGUAACAAUAACAAAACACUAACUUACGGCAGGUGAACAAUAAAUCCAAACACGCAAGAAUACUAAUCGAAAAUCGUAGUUCCCAGUGAUUUGAAAUCCAAAAUGCAUAUAAAUUGUCUAAUCAGAGUCAUUUUUUAUCAUAAGAAUUUCAGUGUAUAUAUAAUAGGAAGGAAUAUUCUAGUACAAUCUUAAAAGACAGUGAUGCAACCAUUACUUAAUACUAAAAAUAGCAAGAUAAUCUAGAAUAAUCUACGUCACAGGUGUCAAUGAAAUAAACAUGACUUUCUAGAACUAUGCAAGGUGAAGAUAACGAACAGUGAUCAAUAUCACAACUCCUACAAGCAAUACAAAAUAGAUAGUUGGGCAAACACGGACCCCUGGACACACCAGAGGUCGGAUCGGGUGCCUAGGAGGAGUAAGCAUCCCCUGUUGACCGGUCACACCCGCCGUGAGCCCUAUAUCCUGAUCAGGUAUACGGAGUUAUCCGCAGUCAAAAUCAGUGUGCCAAGAACGGCUUAACAAUCGGUAUGAAAAACGUCAGACAGCAUUUGACCCAAUGCGAGGUUGUAUUGACGAACUAGAUCGUUAUAACGACCAGAGAAUUUGCGAACUUCAAUCGAGACUGUUGAAACCCCUGUUCAUCAACUUGUUUGUCAGUAGCUUACUUCGAUUUAAAAACUGACUAUACGCAGAACAAGCUCUUGCAUAUAGAAUCAGUUGAGAUAUAUAAACAUAAUAUCCAGGUGAUAAUGGAAUAUCGCUAUAUAAAUAUGGGAAGUUGACGAUGGAGAAGCUGAAAUCAUCCCGUUUCUCGUACAGUUGAGUUGUCAAAUUAAUAAAGUGCAAAUAGUAAUACAUGAUGUAUACACAACAUGCCACAUACUGCAUAACGUCACUGAUGAAGAAUCCUUGACAUUUCUUAUUUGAAUAUGGACAUGAUGAUUAUGUACAUAUGGAUACCUACAUUUCCAAAUUGUAUAGAGCAGUUUUGAUACAUUCCUUUAAAAAAAAAACAAGUUUUAGAGCCUAUUUGUACGUAUGUUUUAUAAAAAUGAAAUAGUAGUAGGUCAUAAUGAAUACGAUUGGUGAGUAAACAUAAUAACCAAUUCUGAAAGUAAAAAGAAUUAUACAAUUAAGAUAUCUUUGAGCAAUUAAAGAGUUAUGUUAUAAAAGAAAAUGUUUUAAAUGAUCGUUACAAGACAAUAAAUAAUAUUGGAUUGAAUUCUAGAAUUUAAACCUUGAGAUCCAGAGAGAGAGAGAGAGA